CCUGUUCCUGGCUCCAUCUACGCCGGCUGUUGAUGAUGUCCCUUCCAGAGUUGUAUAUCUAUCACUCCGGACAUUGACGACACAGCCGUCCCCCUCGCUCACGCCCGAGCCGGUCACUGCACGCAAUCAGCUAGGUAACAAUGUCGAGCUCGUGGGCACCCAACCAAACGGACUCCGAGAUCUAUAAUGAGAAGAUAUGGCUACAGGCGAUGAUCCUGGAGAACAUACCCUACGGCGUUGAGCUUACGCUCUUCGUCAUGUGCUUCGUCACCCUGCUCGAGAACCUCAAUCGGUUCAAUCUGAGGCGACAGAUAUUUCUCCUCACGUUCAUCACCAUUGUUUUCGGAUUGGGGACGGUCUACAUGGUUACGAAUUCCCUGACCGCUCAGCAAGCCUUCAUCGAAUACCGCAACUACCCCGGAGGGCCUUCGGCGUACCUAAGCGCCAUGUUCGCUAACACUGUCGGAUUGACGAACAGUGUGUCUUGGGUAGUAAGCAACUGGCUCCUCGACAUGUUCUUGGUUUGGCGAUUUCUCGUCAUCUACAGAGACUUUAAUCGGUCAUGGAUGCGGAUACUGUUAUGUUUUCCCGGCCUUAUGGUCUGUACGUCCAUUGGCAUGUCCAUUGACGUCCUCAAGAGCAUUGCCCAAGCCGACGGCUCGUCGAACUCCACACCCUUCCUAGUUGCGAACAUCACACUCUCGUUCUACGUCAUCUCGCUUGCGGCGAAUAUCAUUGUGACGAUUCUGAUUGCGGGUCGUCUGCUCGUCUAUCGACACCGUAUACAGAGCGUUCUCGGGGCGCACCACGCGACAUUCUAUGCCAACAUCGCGACCAUCCUCGUGGAAUCAGCGGUGCUCUACUCCGCCUUCGCCCUCACCUUCCUCAUCACUUUCGGGAUGAACAAUCCCGUUGCCGACUUCUUCAUCAAUUAUGUGAACUCCGUCCAGGCGAUCUGUUCCUUCCUCAUCAUAUUCCGUGUCGCGACGGGGAAAGCUUGGACCGAAGACACCACCACGCGGAUCAUGGACAGUACGCAAAGCAAUGUAGUCAGGCUCAAGCCCGCCACGAGCAUUCAGUUCGCUCCGAAUGCAUCUACGGACAUUACGGACUCGAUGCCAACUUCGCGGAAGGAGAUGGGUAUCAUCAUCUCGGAGGAAGCCGGGCAAAACAAAACAGAUAACUACAGUGUAUAGUAGCGGCCGAAAUUCAUCGCGAGCGUGUGGCUGGUUCAGUCACAAGAUGUAUGUACUACUAUCGGGAUGUUUGGAAUAUGUUUUCCGCGCCGACAGAGAUGAGCGGCUAGUACCUCCCGGUAUGCUGCUCUUGUCAGAGAUGUCGGCUCAUUGCGCUAUACGAUACACCACCUAUCAAUUUCACUUCCUC